AUGUUUGAGAACCUCUGCACCCUGCCUUUGCAGUCGGACGUGUUUGCAACCGCCUUACACCCUACCGAGCCGCUGCUUACGGUCGGUCUCUCGAGCGGUCAUGUAGAGACGUUUCGGCUCCCACCCAGCAAUGGCUCCGACGCAGAUGACGACGCAGAUACAAGCGUGAUGAGCGAUGGCAAAGGCAUGGUAGACACUGUCUGGAAGACUAGAAGGCAUAAAGGAAGCUGCAGGUGUCUGGCCUACGGUCAUGAUGGCACAGCCAUGUACUCUGCCGGAACCGACUCCCUGGUGAAAUACUUUGAUCCCAGUAGCGGAAAAGUCGCCUCGAAAGUAGCCAUUCCAAGCACGACGUCGGUCCCAGACGCCCCGACCCUACUUCACGUCCUCAAUCCGCAACACCUCCUCUUGGCAACCGAUUCUGGAGCUCUGCACAUAAUUGAUCUCCGGGAUGGCGCCCCGGGUAGAAAGCCAGCGCAAACACACUUCCCUCAUUCGGACUACGUCUCGUCCGUCACACCUCUGCCCCCUUCGGAAGAAAGCACCAGCGGAUUCUCCAAGCAAUGGGUCAGCACGGGGGGCACAACGCUGGCAGUAACUGAUGUGCGACGCGGCGUCCUAGUCCGCAGCGAAGAUCAGGAGGACGAGCUCCUGAGUGCGUGCUUCAUGCCGGGCAUGGGUCCCAAAAGCAAGCGGAACAACGGUGUCGUAGCCAUUGGGUCCGGAAGCGGCGUCCUGACCCUCUGGGAUAAAGGGUCAUGGGACGACCAGCAAGAGCGCGUUAUAGUCGAUGGCGGCAAGGGAGGCGGCGAGAGCAUCGAUGCUAUAGUCCCAGUGCCCCAGGAUAUGGGGCUGGGGAAAAAGGUUGUUUGCGGGGUUGGUGACGGAAGUCUUCGCAUCGUUGAUCUCGUCCGUCGGGAAGUCAACAGGUCGGGUAACCUUCGACAUGAUGACUUGGAAGGUGUUGUGUCUCUCGGGUUCGACUGUCAUAACAGACUGAUUAGUGCCGGUGGGAGGAUGAUCAAAGUAUGGGGGAAGUUGUCCGAGUUGCAAGAGGAAGAAAGUGACGACGAGGGUGAUGAUGAUAAAAUCGAGAAGGAAGAGGAGCGAGGCGGCCAUGCGAAAAGGGCGGCUGAAUCGGAUGACGAUGACGAUGGCGAUGGCGAUGAUGAUGACGAGGACGACGAGGACGACGACAGCGAGGGAGAUGGCGUACAAGAGAUGAAGCAGCGGGCCAAGAGGCGCAAGGAGUCGCAAAAGCGUAAACUAGGGCCUAUGGGUGCUCAUGGAAUUAUGGCCUUUGAUGGGAUUGACUAG